AUGGUUGGAAAUUCGCUAGCUGGACUGCAAGAGCACUUGAAAUUGGCUCAAGAAUACGCUCUCGAAGGCCUCUACGACACUUCCAUUAUAUUCUUUGAUGGCGCCAUUGCUCAGAUCAACAAGCAUCUAACCAGUCUUGAUGACCCGCUAAUUCGUGCAAAAUGGAUGAAUGUAAAGAAAGCACUAUCAGAGGAGACAGAAGUUGUGAAGCAAUUGGAUGCUGAGAGAAGGUCAUUUAAGGAAGCUCCUAAUGGGCGGCGUCCUUCUUCGCCACCGAUUCAUGCUAAGUCAUCUUUCGUAUUCCAACCACUAGAUGAGUAUCCAACUUCAUCAGGUGCCCCAGUGGAUGAUCCUGAUGUGUGGAGGCCUCCAAGUCGGGACACUUCAAGUAGAAGACCUGCUAGGGCUGGUCAAGUGGGCACGAGGAAAUCUCCACAAGAUGGGGCUUGGGGUCGUGGCAAUACCAGAACAGGUACAACUGGACGAGGUGCAAAGGCAGGUGGUUCAAGUAGAACUAACACAGGGGCCAGAGCAUCUACCACUGGAAAGAAGGGUACUGGCUCAGGGAAAUCUACAAAAGGAGAUUCGGCAAAUGGUGAUGCUGAAGAUGGAAAAUCUAAGAGGUCCCAGUAUGAGGGACCUGAUCCAGAUUUGGCGGCAAUGCUAGAAAGGGAUGUUUUAGAAACCACGCCUGGAGUACGGUGGGAUGAUGUUGCUGGUCUGACUGAAGCAAAAAGACUUUUAGAGGAGGCUGUUGUUCUUCCUUUAUGGAUGCCUGAAUAUUUUCAAGGUAUUAGGAGACCAUGGAAAGGCGUUCUUAUGUUUGGACCUCCUGGUACUGGCAAAACUCUUCUAGCUAAAGCAGUUGCCACUGAAUGUGGGACAACAUUUUUCAAUGUUUCUUCUGCUACAUUAGCCUCAAAGUGGCGUGGUGAGAGUGAGCGUAUGGUCCGGUGCUUGUUUGAUCUUGCAAGAGCUUAUGCUCCUAGUACAAUUUUUAUUGAUGAGAUUGACUCUCUUUGCAAUGCCCGUGGGGCUUCUGGGGAGCAUGAGUCAUCUAGAAGGGUAAAAUCUGAACUGCUUGUUCAGGUAGAUGGUGUAAAUAAUACUGGUACAAAUGAAGAUGGCAGCCGCAAGAUAGUGAUGGUUUUGGCUGCAACUAACUUCCCAUGGGACAUAGAUGAGGCACUCAGGAGGCGACUGGAAAAGCGAAUAUAUAUUCCUCUGCCCAAUUUUGAGAGUCGUAAGGAGCUCAUUCGGAUCAAUCUAAAAACAGUUGAGGUGGCUGAUGAUGUGGAUAUUGAUGAAGUGGCUCGUCGUACUGAAGGGUAUAGUGGGGAUGAUCUCACAAAUGUUUGUCGCGAUGCUUCCUUAAAUGGCAUGAGGCGGAAAAUAGCUGGUAAGACACGUGACGAGAUUAAGAACAUGUCCAAAGAUGAGAUUUCAAAGGAUCCUGUUGCUAUGUGCGACUUUGAAGAAGCCUUGGCAAAGGUCCAGAGAAGUGUUUCACAAGCCGAUAUUGAGAAGCAUGAAAAAUGGUUUACCGAAUUUGGAUCAGCAUAA